AUGGACGACCACCGUUCCCCGAGUCCGUCGGUUGCCACAGACUUCAGCCUAGGCUCUCGGUCAGGCCGGUCUGCGCUGACAGUCCUGGACAUGCCAGUUGAAGGAUCACGCCGAGCCCCAAAGCACUUCAAGGGCGAAGCUUCCGAUGUUGAGCCUUUUCUACGGAAGUAUGAGAGGCUGGCGAUCACACACAACCUCACGGAGAGAGAGAAAUGCGACACCAUUCUGGACUACUGUGGACGAGUAGUCAGGGAGACCAUUGAAGGAUUCCCGUCCUUUCAGCAGGGCACAUGGGAACAGCUCAAGGAGGACAUCCGUGUCUAUUGGAAUGCAGACCUCGAGUCCAAGCGAUUCCGGAUCAAGGACCUUCAGCGCUUCAUCAGCAAGUCCAAGGAAGAAUCAAUCCUAGAGCUACGGGAUUGGCGGCAGUACCUGCGCAACUUUGUCCGCAUCGCGGGCUGGCUCAAGGGAAAGAAGAAGAUCUCAGAAGGAGAGUAUGCCUACUAUCUCUGGAUGGGUCUUCACCGCACCUUCCGCAAGCGACUGGAAGCCCGGAUUCUGCUUGAGGAUCCAGAGCACGACAUGUCUACGCCCUUCACGCCCAAGGCUAUUGAGAAGGCAGCAAAAGCCCUUCUUAGUGUUGACCGGUUCGACACGGAGCGACUGGGCUCUGACAACACCUACCUUGACCAAUCAGAUGAUGAAGAUGAUGAC